AAAGUAAAACAAAAAAAGAGGCAGUGGGUCCACUUCUAGCUUCCCCUCUACUCUUUCUUAUCUUAUCACCCGCCAAACAAGUCCAAGCUCGUUCUCUGGCGGGAAAAUUCAAGCAUGCGGCCAUUAAACGCUCCUCCAAACUCCAAAAGAGGGAAAAUUCAAAAAUCAAAACCCUAAUACCAAACCCGAAAUCACAUCCUCCUAUUUAUAAUUCAUAAACACGCACUCGGAUCCUGCUCAUUUCAAGAAGGCUAUCCAGUUGUCUGACAGCUGUUCGAUAAAAUUUCCCAGCAAAGAGACAAUGUACGUCGUGAAGAGAGAUGGGCGCCAGGAGGCGGUGCACUUCGACAAGAUCACCGCUAGGCUUAAGAAGCUUAGCUACGGGCUCAGUCCUGAGCAUUGUGACCCGGUACUUGUUUCCCAGAAAGUAUGUGCCGGUGUCUAUAAGGGUGUUACCACGAGCCAACUAGAUGAAUUGGCCGCCGAGACUGCAGCAGCCAUGACUGCUAACCACCCUGACUAUGCAUCUUUGGCGGCACGGAUUGCUGUUUCUAAUCUCCAUAAAAAUACCAAGAAGUCAUUUUCUGAGACUGUCAAAGACAUGUAUUACCAUGUCAAUGAGAGAUCUGGACUAAAAGCACCUCUCAUUGCUGAUGAUGUUUAUGAGAUAAUCAUGAAGAAUGCUUCUUGUCUGGACAGUGAGAUCAUAUAUGACCGAGACUUUGACUAUGAUUACUUUGGUUUCAAAACACUUGAGAGAUCUUACCUCUUAAAGGUUCAAGGCAAAGUUGUUGAGAGGCCACAGCAUAUGUUGAUGAGAGUUGCUGUUGGGAUCCACAAGGAUGAUAUUGAAUCUGCCAUCAAGACGUACCAUUUAAUGUCUCAAAGAUGGUUCACACAUGCAUCCCCAACUCUUUUUAAUGGUGGAACUCCAAGACCUCAAUUAAGUAGCUGCUUUCUUAUCUGCAUGAAAGAGGAUAGCAUUGAUGGCAUAUAUGAUACUCUCAAGGAGUGUGCUGUAAUUAGCAAAUCAGCAGGAGGAAUUGGUGUUUCUGUGCACAAUAUCCGUGCUACUGGGAGUUAUAUUCGUGGAACAAAUGGGACAUCCAAUGGAAUUGUUCCUAUGCUACGUGUGUUCAAUGAUACUGCACGAUAUGUUGACCAGGGGGGUGGCAAAAGAAAAGGUGCUUUUGCUGUUUAUCUUGAGCCAUGGCAUGCAGAUAUCUUUGAGUUUCUAGAUUUAAGAAAAAACCAUGGAAAGGAAGAGCAUCGAGCCCGGGAUCUUUUCUAUGCUCUCUGGGUACCUGAUCUAUUUAUGGAGAGAGUACAAAGCAAUGGGCAAUGGUCAUUGUUUUGUCCAAAUGAGGCCCCUGGAUUGGCAGAUUGCUGGGGUGAAGAAUUCAACAAACUCUAUACGCAAUAUGAAACAGAGGGCAAGGCCAAGAAAGUUGUACUGGCACAAAAUUUGUGGUUUGAAAUUUUGAAGUCCCAGAUAGAAACAGGGACUCCUUACAUGCUAUAUAAAGACUCUUGCAAUAGAAAAAGCAAUCAACAGAACCUUGGUACUAUUAAAUCUUCUAACCUGUGUACUGAGAUUAUUGAGUACACAAGUCCAGAUGAAACUGCUGUCUGCAAUCUGGCUUCGAUUGCUUUGCCACGAUUUGUAAAGGAGAAGGGGGUACCAAAUGAAUCUCAACCAUCUAAGCUUGUUGGUAGUAGAGGUUCUAAAAAUCGAUACUUUGACUUUGACAAACUGGCUGAGGUUACUGCAGUAGUUACUUCAAACCUGAACAAAAUAAUUGACAUUAAUUAUUAUCCUGUUGAAACUGCAAAAAGGUCUAAUUUAAGGCAUAGGCCUAUUGGAAUUGGCAUCCAAGGUCUUGCAGACUUGUUCAUAUUGCUUGGCAUGGCUUUUGAUUCACCAGAGGCUCAGCAACUAAACAAAGAAAUAUUUGAGACGAUAUACUACCAUGCUCUGAAAAGUUCUUCUGAACUGGCUGCAAAGGAAAGCCCUUAUGAGACUUAUGAGGGAAGUCCUGUGAGCAAGGGUAUCCUCCAACCAGAUAUGUGGGGAGUGACCCCUUCUGCACGGUGGGAUUGGGAUGCUCUCCGAACAAUGAUAGAAAAGAAUGGAGUGAGAAAUUCUCUUCUUUUAGCCCCAAUGCCCACUGCUUCAACUAGCCAAAUUCUUGGAAAUAAUGAAUGUUUUGAGCCAUACACAUCUAACAUAUAUAGCCGUAGAGUUCUAAGUGGUGAAUUUGUUGUGGUGAACAAGCAUCUUCUUCAUGACCUAACCGAGAUGGGGCUUUGGUCCCCUGCUCUUAAGAACCAGAUUAUAUAUGAGGAUGGAUCUGUGCAGAAAAUUGCUGAGAUUCCAGAUGAGCUUAAACGAAUAUACAAGACUGUUUGGGAGAUCAAGCAACGAACUUUGGUUGAUAUGGCUGUUGAUCGUGGAUGCUAUAUAGACCAGAGUCAAAGCCUUAACGUCCAUAUGGACCAACCCAAUUUCGGAAAGCUUACUUCUCUCCACUUUUAUGCUUGGUCUAGGGGUUUAAAAACUGGAAUGUACUAUCUAAGAACACGAGCAGCAGCUGAUGCCAUCAAGUUUACUGUUGAUACUUCCAUCAUCAAGGAAAAGUCGAAAGCAGGCGUGGAUGAUGAAACGAAAAUGGCACAGAUGGUGUGUUCUUUAACAAACCGUGAAGAGUGCAUGUCAUGCGGAAGUUAGACAGGCAAUCCAUACGGGCUCCACCUAAAUAUUUGUACAGAAUUAGGUUAUGUUAGUUUUUGCUGUUAAUGUGAUUGUGAAAUCUGUUACUUUUACUUCUUCAACAUAUGUUUUUUUUUUUUUUGAGGAUAUCUUCAACAUAUGUUUUUAUGUGUUAAUUAAGGUACAUAUAUUGUGUUUUAAAUGUUACUCCGUAUAAAUUUUAUUUUUA